CUCUAAAAACUAACUGAGUGACAUUGCAGCUUCUAAGUACAAUUUUUUGAAAAAAAUUGAAAAUGUAAAAGUUUAAAGUACUAACUUUAGGUACAUUAAUAAAUGUUUUCAUUUGUGCUGUGGCGGCUGUGGAUUAGUGAUAGAGCGGUCAACCUCUGAUUGGAAGAUUGUGGGUUCGGUUCCUGCCUUGUCCGCCCAUGAAUCAAAGUGUCCUUGGUCAAGACACUGAACCUCACAUUCACAUUAUAGGUUGGCUCCAAUGAUAGGCUUUGGAGCUGCCAUCUUUGUGAAUGUAUGGGUAAAUGGUACUGUGGCUCUAAAGUGCUUUGGGCAUUCUAAGAAUGUAGUAAAGGGCUAUAAAAGUAUUGUCCAUUUAUCUUUUUGUUUUUUUUUUACCCCAUUCAGAGCUGACAUUCUCCAGGUUUGUCUUUUCUCCCUGUUUGAUAUGUUUUUAUUAUUAAUUCUGGAAGUUAACUGCAAUUCAUUUGGACUCAAGUAGUUUAACCGUCUGAGUCACCUGUUGAAGCCUCAACGUUCUGUAUUUUCCUGCUUUUGUUGGCAUUGAUGUUACAGAAGCCAUAAAUCCAAGGUCUUUAUCUUCUAUAUUUGAUGUAUUGUUGUAUCUGCGGUUGAACGUUGGUUUCCUUCUCAUGUUCUGGGAGCCAUUUCUGUCCAUUUUUAUUUUUUUGUCAAAGAUGUAUUUGAGGUUGUUGGUGUAUCCUGGUGGCUGCAGGUGAUAAAUCCUCUAAUGUGUAAUCGGUGGCCUGGCCAAACCAGCCACCUCACAUGGCUGGAGUUUGGACCUGGUUGGCUGAUGUGAGUCACUGUGACUGUUUUGCCUUUCUUCAGGCUGACUUAUACGAAAGCCUUCUGUUGUGUUUUGGUUUAAAAAAAGAAAAAAACAACUCAAACUGGUUUUUGGGAUGACCUUUAGAUUUUCAACACCUUGUGAAGGUGACCACCAUGCUGACUUAGGAAGAAAAGAAGAGAAAAAUGCAAAGAAAGGGCUUUGAAGGUCUGUGGUUUGGACGGGGAACCAUCAGGCAGAGGAUGGAGAGUCUGUGGAGAGGAACCUGACCUGAUUCAGAAUCUGAGAUGCAGCUUAAGAAAAAUGACAGACCUGUCUGCUAAACACCACUCUGAGGAAACUUUGAAGUCUUAAGGAGACGCCCAACAAGACCCACGGCCGAGAGACGGACAACCAAAGCGUUUCCUCGAAAGCCUUUGAGUCUUUUUAUCACUGCCACACAGAUGUGGAACCCCCAUCGCUCUGUCAUCAAGUAAUCCUGACACUAAAACAAACCCAAAUAGUACAUUGCAAAGAUCUUUGGAGCCAUGUCUGAUCACAAGGAAAUGACGCACCGCCACUUGAGGCACAAGCUACAGAGUCUCAGUCGUAGACUGGAUGAACUGGAAGAAGCAACCAACAAACUGCAGAAGUCUGAGGAUGAAUUGCUUGACCUCCAGGACAAAAUCAUCCAGGCAGAGGGCAGCAACUCUUCACUUCUUGGGGAUGUGGAGGGUUUGAGGAAACGUCUCCUGAAGAUCCAGGGUAAAGAUGAGGAAGUACGCAAAGCUGAAGACCUUUGUCGCACAGUGCGAGAAAAACUGGAAGAGGAGGAGAGCCUCACCAAGGAACUGAAGGCAGAGAUUGAGCGUCUUCAGCGGAGGAUGGCCGAGCUAGAGAAACUGGAAGAGGCUUUUGCUAAGAGCAAGUCUGACUGCAGCCAACUCUGCCUGAGCCUCAACGAGGAAAAGAACUUGACUAAGAAGCUCUCGUCUGAAUUGGAAACCCUCAAAACACGUUUGAAGGAGGUAGAGGGGUCUGAGACCAAGUUGGAUAAAGCAGAGCAGGCGUUGGCAGCAGAACUCGAGAAAAUCAAAGGAUUCACUCAGGCCUUUGUGACCGAGCGCAAGAAACUGUUGGAGAAGCAGAAAGAGGAUGAAAUCAUCAUUCUAAAGCUGACAGAAAAACUGGACCAGCAGAAGAACCGCAUCGGCGUGUCAACAGAUGCUGGUCGUGCAGAUUUCAUGAGGUCAAGAAUUGAGGAUGAGCUGUCAUCCACAGGGCUCUUCACCAGUAAGCUGGCCGGAUGUAAAAAGAGCCUCGACUACUUUAAACUUGCAGAUGAGAACAGUGGUAUUGUGAACAAAUUAGAGAAUGAAAAGAACAGCAGUGUGGAAGGUUCAAAAGAGGAGGACAACAAGGUGAAGGAGCUGACGCAGGAGGUGGAGAGGCUAAAGAACCGUCUCAAACAGUUGGAAAUAGUUGAAGAGGAUUUGAAGAACUCAGAGUCCAUGAAUGGAGAACUCCAUGAAAAGUUCCAGACGGAACAAAAUCGAGCUCGGCAAUUGAACGAACAGUUAGAACAACUGAGGGCGCAGCUCUCGGGGAAAGGUGGAAAAGGAGGAAAUGGAGUAAGUAGUUUGGAUAAAUAUAGCAGUGAAAAAUCCAAAGCCUGCCCACACAGUCCUGCCAAGGUUCUAGCGAAUGGGAAAGCUGAGAACGAGGAGAUCCUUGCAAAAGGAGCUUUCAGGCAAGAGAAGCCCAAGUUUAGAAGCGCAGCUGCUGUUUCAGAACCAAGUUCCCCCAGCCGCAAGAACAGGGAGCUCUCUCCGCAGCACAGAAGAGAAACCAAACUAAGGAGCAAAGAGCUCAGCUAUUCUGACGAGGGUUCUCCAAAGUCUGCAAGGAGAGCUCUUAGUCCUGCCCACAAGUUCCGAAGGACGCCUAAAACCCAAGCUGCUCUGAUGUCAUCUGAUAAUGGACUAAGGGACACAUCAAGAGUUUCCGAGGAAAAGACCAGGGGUGCCACAUACAGUUCAGUGAAUACAACUUCUACUGAAAUGAAAAAGGUGUCCGUUCUUAGCCGUUACCCACCAGCAGCAAAUGACCAGAAGCCACUGAGGACGGCCCUUAAACAGGCUGAUGGGCAGAUUAAAAAGAGCAAAGGAAAGUUUUCAAACCUGAGUGUUGGUAGUGACAGCGAAUCAAACAACUCCGAUGUGCCGCCUGAAAUGUCCAGUACCAUAAACAGUGGUUCUCUGUUUGAGAAAGAAACGGCCUCUGCUUCUGACCACGAGUCUGUUGACCAGGUUCAAGAAAUUGUCUCUGGAUCUAUUGGUUCAGCCAAGACGAAUGGAUCGUACAUAGCUUACAGAUCCCACCUCACUCCACUGCUGCCCAAUGACCAGGGCUCAGAGGGUCAUUCUUCUGCUUCUGAAACCGAAUCCACAGGUUCAAGGCCUUCAGAACCAGAACCCAUCUCUGAUGUUGCUACAGCUGUAACCAGUAGGAAUGCAGCCUCCAAAUAUACCAAAUAUCCCCAUGUUCACGACUCGAAUUCCGAGGGCUCUUCCUCUCGGAGUUCAUUUGAUGAGGAGAUGCACAGCAGGACUCAGUAUCCGGAUGGGGGCCAUCAGGGACCUACGCAUCCCCCCUCUGUGAUCGAGAUCCAGAGGGUGUAUAGCCCAAGAGAAGCUCUUAGGUCAAAGGCGGUCAUCAAGCCCGCCAUCACGGAGAUUGACAGGAAGGAAUUGAUGAUUUCUGAGCCUUUGUCUACAAACAGCAAACCCAAGAUCUCCACCAAGCCAGUUGUGAUGAGCACAUCCAGUAAAAUGACCAGCAGUAUAACCUUCUACCCUAACGACCCAAGCUCCUCCAGAACCAGCAGUCGUAGUAGCAGUGUGUCCAGUGAACCGAUGCCCCUCAAGGAGCGCCACACGUCUACCAGCAACAUCCUCAUAGGUCCCAGUCUUGACCACCAUGGCAGUAUUUCCAUCCCCUAUGAGAUCUCCAUACCCAAAAGUGAGAUCACCAUGCGGUCUUUCCAGGACCAGGACUUCAACCACGGUGAUAACUCAAGGUCCAAGCUCUACAAAGCUUCCAUGGUGGAGCCCUCCUCCUCCAGCAGCCUGCGCAGCAGCCUCAGCGCUCAGCCCACAGACACCACGUCUGCAGACGUCAAUGAUUCAGAGUCCGGUUUUGAGAGCAGCAGUAGUACGACUACAGUCACCAGCUGGAGAAGCCAAAGACAAAACCAGUACUCUCCAGAAGACGGCAUACCAGACACGAAGAAUGUGACUGUGAGAAGCACCUGGAGGAACAAGGGCGCCACGACAGGAAACGAGGCAAAAAGCAAAAGAGGACUGUUAGAUAACGGGUCUGAAGAUGAAGCAGAGGCUUCAACAACAUGGAGGGCAUACCGCGCAACGACAUUUGACGUCGACGAAAGCGUAAACAGCGGAGCAGCGGCUGGUUUAACAGCACAGAAGGUAACCAAGCCAUCACCUGCAGAGGUGUACAUGCGCAGAAUCAACAGUGUUGCUACAAACACUAAAGAAGCAGAGGAACCGGCUCUUCGGCGAGCCAGGAGCUCUCAGUCUCCCACUAUGGAAACUGGAGGCUUGGGAAGGACGGUACCGCACGCACCUGUGACCUCUCAGUCCUGGAGUCGGUCAUACUCCCAACAAACCCCCAGCACAUACAACCCAGACCCCAGUCCAAACCCGAGCCACAGCCCGGCCUCGUGGAGACGACCGCUCCCCACCAGCGACUCGCAACACGCGGGGGCUUCAAACGACCGGCUGACCAAGGCCGCAGGAGCCUCCUCCAGAGCAGGGGCGGAGCCAUGGUCCGGCCGAUGGCAAGGGUCGGGGGGCAGAACCGAGGGGAGGACGGGAGCGGGAAGCCGACAGUGGAACCACCGUCAGUCUGAGCAUCACUAGAGGAGGCGCCCUAAAGGUCUCUAAAUGGCACACGGAGGAGCAAACGGCGGUCUACCACCCACCCCUGUCCACGUGUAACUCCACCAUCUCCAGAUUCCUCAGCGAGGACGAAGAAGAAACAGCAGCCGACCGACUGCCUCUUGGUGCUCGCCGUAACCCCGGAAAGCCUGCGCGUCCUCUUCUGCUUCCCGCACUGGAUGUAUUUUUCAUGUAACCUCAAAGCUUGACAAGGGAGAGGCUGGCAUGCUGGGGAACACUGGAGAUUUUCCUGCGUGCCAGAAAAGACAUUCUAAUGGAUUUUCAGGAAGAAAGACUUCAAAUGCCUUUAGAACCAUUACCCAAACCUCAGUGGGGCUGAAUGUUUGACUUUUUGGAGGAAUUUUCAUCCUCUCUCGGUUUUCACUUAAUAAGAGUCGAGUUCUGGAGGCCAGAAUCAUCACCACAAACCAGGAGAUCUUUUCUUUAACUGUGACCAAAAACAGGAAGCAAAUUACCCUCAUUGUCUCUCUUUAAUGUUUUAGGUUCAAACGGACAUCUUAUCUGGCGCGUUUGUCCUUGAAUCGGCAUGCAGACGUGUCCAAGUUCACUUUCUGCAUGUUUUUAAUCAAUAAAAAAAAAGCUUGCGACUCGGCAUGUAAUCUGGAUUUUCAGAACACAGUAUUUCCGAUAAACUGGGACCUUAUUUGGGGGGACCUCGCUUUUGGUUUACGGUAAUUUGCUUCCUGUUCGUUUCAUUUCUUGGCAUUUGAAGUGAAAACAUUUGAGGUGGCGGUGGAGGGUCUACGUCAUCUCAAACCAGGAUCGGGAUGAGGUCGUGACGGCAAACCGAGUAUUAGGAGAUUCACAGACCUCCAGGAUCUCCAGACUGGAUUCGCAGUGCGAAUCGUCCCAGAUCUUUUUUUUUUUUUUUUUUUUUUUUAUCACAGAAAAACGUGCAGCCACUGGCCAGUGUUAGGAACAGGCUUUUUUUUUUAUUUUUAUUGUGUGUCUGAACUUUCUCUUACAAGCUUCCUGCAGGGUUUUAGGAUGGGCCUUCUACAUAGACUGUAACCCUAGAAGGACAUUACUGAAUGUUGUUGGAGAAAACCGGAUUUUCAAGUGGAAAUGUGGGAUUCCUCACCUCUGCCUUCGCCCGCCCAGCCCUGCUACCUCCUGUUAGCCUCCCAUACAUGCGACAGAGUCCGGAGCUCAGCCUGUUACCAGAGGACUGUAUGCAAUCAACGGAAAUGCAGAAGAAUGCACACCUCCACCUAGAAAUGCUUCAAUGUUUACCUACAUUAUGUUCAUCUGUGCCUUAAAUCCAGGAAGAGAUUGUCAGAAAAAACGAAUUUUGGUUUUAUUUUUUCUCUCUAAGCAAGUAUUUUUGUAUUUUGGCUUCAUGACAGAGAAGAACAGACAUCCAGAGUCCGAGCGUGUUAUCCCUGCUUCUGUUUUUCUUGAAUUCUUAUCUCUCAGUCUGCUCUCUAACUCCAGCGCCGGACGCCGUCGGCUCAAAGAAACGUUUUAUUUAAGGCCAGAGGCCCGUCACCGGAGCCUGACGUACAGCUCCCCGGGUAGCUGAAAGGUCAGAGAUCAGGCUGCAUCUAAUCCCGUCUCCGCAGCUCGACUUGGUGCUUCUAAAUACGGGAGGUGGGACGGACGGCGGACAGCUUGGCAGGGACGACUGCUUUGUGGUUAAUUAAAACGCACUCCAGAGGCUCACGCGGCGUUUGGGGCGUUCGGCUCCCUAUAAAGUCGCCGAUCACCUGCUUCCUUCCAUCCAAACGGCCGUGAAGCCCCUUUACCUCCUCUUGAACCGUCUUUCGUGCUCUUUCUUGAAAAGAGCGAUUAAAACGGGAGAGUCGACCUGUCGGAAACUGUAGGUUUUACGGCUCAAGGGAGGGUUUCCUCUUUUUUUUUUUUUUUUUCUUUAAGCAAAAGGGCAAAGUUGAAACUCCAUCCUCUGCUCUGCUUCCUCUUCCUUACAAGGCCCACAUGUACGCAAACUCUCCCGUCCCGAACACGCCAUCCUUCAUGCUUUCAGUUGAGGUUGGAUGGUUUCGAAAAUGGAGACGAUCAAGAAAAACGUUAUGAUUGAGACUAAAAAGUCACCGUCGCGGACUGAAUCAAACUUUUCGGCAUCUGCACUUAACCAGCACUUAAUAAGAAGUGAAUUUCCCCGCCCCAUGUCCCAGAACUGUACAGUUUUUAACCGUUUUGUGCUGAAUGUAUUAAAAUUGGAGUAUUUAAAAAGUCAUUUUAAGGAAAUAUGUUUUAACAGAAACCGUGAAACCAUCCCCUCUCAUCUAUUGUUGUGCCAAAUCAUUCCACACUCUGUUCUAACACCCCCCCCCACCGUUGUAGAUACCCUCAUGAUAUAAAAAAAGAGGAAAUUUUACAUUUUAGGGCCUUUUUUUCCACUCGUGUAUGUUUUUGUUAAACAAAAGAUCUUAUUUUGAAAUCUAUAUUGGAUAGAUUUUAUUUAAAGAAACUUGUAAUUUUGUAAAAUGGGCCUUUUGUUAUUGAUAUAUAUUAAAUAUUUGUCCAUCUCGUUUUUAAAAGUAAAAAAAAUAUUGCUUUUUUUUGACAAAGUUGGUGGUCUCUGUUUCUACACUCCUGGAGAGUUUAUUUUUCUGCAUUUUGUGUUUAAUAGUUUGGAGAUUUUACACAAACCUGCACGUGAAAGAGGGGUUAUCAUCAGUCAUUAAAUGGAAUUUUUGCUGUUCUUUCAGCUUUGUAAGCUUUUACCUAUAUAAGUAAAGCAGGUGGUAAACAAAAAUCAAUCAUAAGCAGAGGUGUCAAACAUUAAAAAUGUAGAUUUCAAGGUUGGAUCUCAUGUCACAAAAGUCAGGAUUUUUCUUUUCUUUUCAAUGUUAGGCUUGUGCAUGUUUUAACAUUACUGUGGCAAUCUGCAUGUAGGUCUCCUGAUGCUGCCAACUGUACAGCAAGUCCAUAUGUAUUCCAAUAAAAAUAAAAAAAGCAAAUUAUCUGUAACA